GCGCCGUAGUACGAACGGACGGACAGACGAAAGGGAUAUUAAAAACGACCGAAUCGGAUUUGAAGCGCAGUUGCCGGCCACGCGAGGCGCUGGUUAGAUUGUAGGUUGGGCGUCGCGACGCUGGAAAGUUACGUGUCGACCGACGUCUUACGGUUUGAAGAUCGUCUGUGUACAGUGUCUCUAUUUCAACAGAAUGGUGAAUGUCAAUACGUGAAGCUAAUAACUGUAAUUGAUAUGGACCAAGUACAGUUCAUGCAAUUCAUAAAUCGUAGAAGAUUACAGCUUAAUUUUGUAUUCACUGCCCUUACAAAUAUUUGAUGAGAAUAUUUUGAGAUAGAUACUUAUUUCAACGACAUUCAACCAUUAAUUUAAACUCAGUGAAAUGUAUAAAUUGUAUUCAAGUGUCAAUAUAUUUGCAUUAUAUCGCCGUAGUAGAAACAGGAAUUGCUUAACUGUAAAAUAGGUUCUGAUACUGAUAUAAUUAGAACAGGAUAUAUAUAUAGAUAUAAAUGUACGCUAAUUUAGGCUUAAAUAUAAAUUAUACUUUGAAUCAAAAUUCCUCGUAUAUAUAUAUAUUGGAGUGUAAUAGAGCAAUCUGAAUUCAAAACUUACAGUGUAUUUGCAAACUGAAGGGUCAUUUUCGUUUCAAGGCAAAUUCUUGUCGAGUAAAUAGAAAAUAUUUUUGACUCAACGUCUGCAACUGUUCAUGUUCUUCAUAUAAGGAAGAAAAACUGCGUUCGUUUUAGUAAUCUCUGCGUCAUUUUGGUGAAGACGGUAGGAACUCAAAUUUGGUGCGGACUACUGAAACUCAGCUCUACGUACAAUGAGCCACUAACCUCUCAACAAAUUUUCGUCCAUGAUGUCAGGCUCAAUACAAUGUCUGCUUUAUUUACUGGUUACUACACUAAUAGUCCACGAAAUCCGUGCCAGUUGGGAGGAGUGGUGGACAUAUGAUGGAAUUUCAGGUCCUGCAUUCUGGGGACUCAUCAAUCCACAAUGGCCUCUGUGCACAAAGGGUCGCAGACAAUCCCCUAUUGAUGUGGAUCCUGAAAAACUACUGUACGACCCGUACCUUCGGCCUGUGCACCUCGACAAACACAAGGUGAGCGGGACACUGCACAAUACGGGACAGACCCUUGUAUUCAGAGUGGACAAGGACACCAAACAUCACGUCAACAUUUCAGGAGGCCCACUAACCUAUCGCUACCAGUUCGAAGAGAUAUAUAUACACUACGGAACGGAGAAUCACCGUGGGUCAGAGCACAAAAUUCACGGUUACGCGUUUCCAGGCGAGAUUCAGCUUUACGGGUUUAAUGCGGAGCUCUACCACAACAUGUCGGAAGCGCAGCACAAGUCUCAAGGCAUCGUUGGGAUCUCUCUCAUGGUCCAGAUCGGGGAUACGCCCAAUCCGGAACUACGAAUCAUUACCAGCACGUUCAACCAAAUCCAGUACAAAGCACAGUACACACCUAUACGUCAUCUGUCACUACACAGUCUCCUGCCAGAGACUCUGCAAUACAUGACGUAUGAGGGCUCCACAACACACCCUGGCUGCUGGGAGACUACUGUCUGGAUCAUCCUAAACAGGCCCAUCUACAUCACCAAACAGGAGUUCUAUGCGCUUCGGAAACUAAUGCAAGGCUCGGAGACGACGCCGAAAGCGCCUCUGGGUAACAACGCAAGGCCAGUGCAGCAUCUGCACCAUCGCACCGUCCGGACCAAUAUAGACUUCAAAAAAAUCGAGGGCAAGAACUGUCCGAGUAUGAAAAAGAAAACAUAUUACAAAGCCAAUACGUGGAUAGACGAGCGCGAGCCGUCUUAUCAGGUGUAACUGCUUAGGCAUCCAGCGGACGUCUCAGGGAAGCCAAAGUGAGGUGCAAAGCAAUACAAGACACAACGGUAGUCGGCCCAGGUCUGUCUCGACACCAAACUUCCUGCUACACAGUGAACGUGAAGGGAUCGGAAAGAAAUAAUCGAGUGGCGGUGUUUUAAAGAAUUAUUAGCAUGGUUUGUGGCGGCUGACUCAGGAAGAAAACAUGAAUAAACUUUUUAUAAUUAUACUGGCGGAAAUUUAUGCCCUGCCGAAUGAAUAAUUAAGUGCAGAUAUUCUGAGUGCUACAGCAUGAAGUGAAUCCUUUGUGUUACUGAACUGUGUUGUUCAAAUACUAACCCUCGUGUGUUUGUGACACUCAUUUUCAUUAAGGUUUAUUUAAUUCGCUUGCUUUAUAAGGAUAUAUUCCUACGGUAGGCCGCACACCGGCAUGCGUCAAGAUAUGUAACAGUCAAGACACGAUAUCUGCGACGUGACGCAAAGAAAGACGCACAGUUCAAACGAAUGAGAUUAUGAAAACCGCCGCACAACGGUCUGAGUCAUGAUGCUGACGAAUGAAGCAAGACUGAGUUUUUGUUUCAUGUCUUGAUUCUUGUCUUGACGCAGUUGGUGUGCGGGUGCCCUACAAUUUCUUUGCCGUUGUUUAUUAAAGCCAAUAAAUCAUAAAAAUUUAGUAGUGCUAUAUACACACAUUAAAUAUUUUGUUCUGCAAAACGUCUAUUGACGAAUUUUUUAUUUUAAAUUUUUUGAAGAUUGUAUUUUUGAUGAACAAAAGGCGUCUAAGAAGAUGAGUUUGAAUGACUUGUGGUGAUGUUCCUUUAAGUAAAGGAGAUCAAAUUUUAGUAAAAUUGAGGGAGAGAAAAACGUUUGAGAGCAAAUAGACAAAUAAAUGUGGUUAAUUUCUAAAACUGCAAUAUUAAUUUCUUUAAUAAUAUGGUUCUAACGUCAAAAGAAGUGUAAUUAUUUGGACGGCUGUAUA